AUGGCGCUUGAUCAGCAGCGCAAUUGGACCAUAUCCAUGGCCGAGAGCCUGCAGGCCGUCAAGGACAAGACUGCCGCCGCCGCCAACCCGUCACCCGAUCAAACACCACACUUCCCCGUCCGAGAUGACGACCCCAUAUCCCACAACUACCGCACGACCGAGCCAGCGUAUCUCCCCGACGAGCUUGUCCUCGAAAUACUCGAAUAUGUCGCCGUCACUCCCGAAGCGCAAAAGUCUCUAUACACAUGCUGCCUCUUAUCGCGACAAUGGCACAUGGCUGCCCUUCCUUACCUCUACGCAUACCCAAAGAUCUACGGCAAGAACUACGACCCUUUCUACCGCACCAUGUGCCCCUCAAUCAACCUUCGCAUCAAAGAGAGUCCAUUGGCCGGCCUCGUCAAGGUCCUGAACCUGGGUAUGCUAGUCCACCACAGUAGCAGGAGUGUCACGGCAAGGGUCUUGCGAAGGACAGAGGGCAGCUUGCAAGAGUUUGUUGCUCCACAGGCCUCCUUUGCCAUCAACAGCUAUGCCGCCUUGUCAAAGUCGCACAACCUGCGCAGCCUCGACCUGUCGCUUGUGUCUGAAGCCCAGCCUUUAGACAUGCUGUUCAAGUCCCUUAGAUCCUUGAACCACCUCGAACGCCUUCGUUUCCCGCGCUCCUCUGGAUUCGGCGCAAACACCGUCGACCCCGACUCAAUUGUCUGGCCCCAGGCUUUGAAAGAUCUUCAUAUUAGCGGCGGCAUCGAUGCAAACUUCCUCUACGGCAUCGUCCAUUUUCCUCCAGCUCUGGAACGUCUAACGGUCGAACACUGUCCGCAAGCAAAAUCUCACGCCAUCCGUCAGCUACUCUCGACACUGUCCCGCGCACACUUACCCCUCAAGGCAUUGUCAUUAUCCCACCUACCGCGACUAGGCAUAAGCUCGCUAGACCCCGUGCUGGGUUUAUUCCCCGACCUCGAGGAACUCAGCGUCAGUGUCGACUAUAUUACACCCGCAAUCUUCAACCCCGACUUCCAAGAGUGGCAAUCUGAGGACACACCCAACUUCACCAACCACAAGCUGCGCAUGCUCGCCUUUACCAACUCUGGCAACCCCGGUGUUGACGACAAGUUUUCUCCCAUCGACGUCCUUUUGACGUUAGACGAGGGCUCAUUCCCGAGUCUGCGCCAGGUCAAGAUUGCAAAGAGCUUGGGAUGGGAUCGUGGCGAGACACGAGAUGAGACCGAAGCUCUGAUUGACAGAUUGGUAGAACUUGGAACAAAAGACUACGAAAACAAGACAGGCGUCUAUGCAAACAUGUCUACAUAUCAAUGGAAGACUGCCAACUGGAAAGACUGGGCCGGUGUUUGGAUCAUUGAUUAG